UGUUUUAGCAUCUUCGAUAUGAAAUUUUUAAUUUACCUCCUGGUUACUGUAUUUGUAGCCAGUGUUUCUUCAUUUGGAGGCAACGAUGAAAAGUUUUUAAAGAAGUAUGCAAUGAUGAAGAUAUAUGAAAGUUGUUUUGGCGAAGAGGUAGUGCGACAAAUACGGCAGGAAUUAAAAAAGGCAUGCGCGAAGUGUUCUAGUCUAGAAGCUCCACCAAGCGCGCCUGUCACCGUUUCUUCUGUACCAGAAGAAAGACCUCCACAUCCACUUCAAGAAGCCGCCGGGCAACAUCCCUUACAACCGUCCUUCGAAGCAGAAAAAUUACACCAAGCUAUUUUAGCCUUCAGGCCGAAUCCAACACCUCAACAAUUUAAACCAUUUUAUCCAGGAUUUGGCAACAGUCCAGCUACUUUUUACGGAUCACCUUACGGUAAUCCACAGAUAUCACCAGUACAAAUGCCAUUCUUCUACCCAGGAUAUCCACAGGUGCCAUUUUCUCCAUACCAACUUCCAGCAUCAGUUGGACAGCAAUUGUAUGGAAAUAGAUUAUCGAGAAAUAUGGAUGUCCGAAACCAACUAGAAAUUUUGACAGCCAGAAUGAGUGGAAGAGUACGAAACAUAACCUGUGUUAUGCAAGAGCUGGGUUACUUAGAUGAAAACUUGGAACCAAACUACGUUAGAAUAAAUGAAAGAAUUAGCAACCUUCCAAUAUCUGAAGAACUGAAGAAAGACAUGCAAGAAGGAGUAGGCUUUUGCCAACAGUUUUCGCAAUGUGUACCUGAAGUUAAAAAAGAUAAAUCACCACUUUCAAGAGAACUGAUCCGGCCAAUGUUUUUCUUCAAAUGCUACAAACACAAAAAACUUGAAGCAUGUAUUAUGAAAGAUGUCCGGGAAAAAUUUUCAGGAGUCUCUGACGAAGAGUUCGACAGCGAUUUGGAUUUGAGAAGGGCAGGAAAGGACAUGAAAUUUCCCAAAACUGAUCAGGAAAAGGAAAUAGAUAACCUAGAAUCUUCGAUAUACGAGUUUUUGUACGCUAGUGAUAGUGGAAUGGAUCUUGAUGGAUUAUUUUAAACAUUACAAAAAUGUUUGUAAUUAAUAUAUCGCCUUAAUAUUAUAGAGUUGAUUACUAGUUUCGAUCAAUUUUAUAAUGUGGAGAAAUUAAAUUAUUUGUUUUUUAACUAAACUAUUUUGCGAUUGGAUAUCGGAGAAUAUUUGUAGUAAUUACAUCCUUAUUAGUUUGUUAUUUAAUUUUAACACAGAGGCGAUCAUUUUUAAUUACACACCGAUUCUAUUUAUAUUUAUUUAUUUGGUGUGAAGAUAUCGUAAUUUAGACUAUAGGGUGUUUGGAUUUUUGCAAUGGAACGACAUGUAAACCAUGAUUUUAUUGUAAAAAUUUGAAAAUAAAUACGUAAUAAACGAUCGAAUAAC